AUGUGCGAAUUAAAGCCCACUAAUUCAAACGAACUACAGAUUGAAUUUGUUGAUGAAGAAAAUAUUUCAAACAAUGAAAAAGGAGGAAACAAAAAAAAACUUAAAGAAAUUUUAAAAAGAGUAUAUAUAGGAAUUUAUGAGGAUUCAAAAAACAUUCUUCUUUUAAAAAAUACUGGCAUUACACAUAUUUUAAUUAUAAGAUCUUCUAAAGAAAAUAAUAUUGCCAGGAUUAUGUUCCCUCAUGAUUUUGAAUAUUAUAUUAUUGAUAUAAAAGAGGAUUUUGAUUUUACAGUUUAUUCACAUUUUAAAUGCUUACUCGAUGAUAUACUUUUUGAAAACAAAAAUAAUAAACUAUUUAUUCAUAGCUAUUUUAACCUUAACGAUAUAUUAUAUUUAAUAAUAUUUUACAUAAAUAUAACCUUAAAUUGUAAUAUUAAUGAUGCUUAUUCAUAUGUAAAGAAAUUAUUUUCCAAUCUUAUAAUCCCAAUUGAUGAUUUUGACCAAAUAUAUUAUUUUACAAAAAGACACAUGCUAACCUAUUAUCCAGGAGAAUGUACAACUUAUUUUGAUGCUAAAGAUUGA